CAUUCAUAGAACCUCCUCUCUCUCUCUCUCUCUCUCUCUCUCUCAUGGAAGUCUCGCCAUGUCUCGUGACUGCAACUCCCUUUUCCAUCUCAUCCCCAUAACACCACACAUCACCCACACCCACUCCCCCCUUUUCUCCUCCUUCUUCCCUCUCAUUCCUCACAACCCACCUCACAUGUCUGCAUAAUCCGUUUCAUUAGCCCCCCCUCCUCCAAGAACAUCCUCUCCCUCUCUCUCUCUCUCUCUCUCUCUCUCUCUCAUGACUCAACGCAGAACACUGCUCUCCUUCCGCCGCCCAACAUCCUCCUCCUCCUCCUCCUCCUCGUCGACGGCAGCAGCAGCAACAUGCGAUCCCCGCCCCCCCUGCCCCACCACUCUCCCCGCAACGGCGACGCCGCCACCCCGCCCCACCACCACCACCCCCACCGCCACGACCGGCAGUACCAGUCGACGGUGUCCGUCCAGAAGCUCCGGCGGUUCAACUGGCUGAUCCUGGUGCUGCGCCUCGCCGCCUUCUGCUUCGCCCUCGCCUCCUCCAUCUUCUCCGUCACCAACUCCCGCGGCCCUUCCUCCCCCCACUGGUACGACUUCGAGGCUCUCAGAUACUUGUUCGUGGCGAAUGCGAUGGUGGCGUUGUACUCGCUGUUCGAGACGGGAGCUUCGGUGUGGGAGAUACUGAAGAACGCCACAUUGUUCCCGGAGACGUUUCAGCUCUGGUUCGAUUUCAGCCACGACCAGGUGUUCGCGUACGUACUGAUAUCGGCGGAAUCGGCUGGAAUGGCGCUGGCGAGGACGCUAAAGGGAUCAGACACGUGUACGGCGUCGAGCGCCUUCUGCAUCCAAUCGGACAUCGCCAUCGCCCUUGGAUUCGCGGGCUUCCUCUUCCUCGCCUUCUCCUCGCUCCUCUCCGGCUUCCGCCUCGUCUGUUUCCUCAUCAACGGCUCUCGUUUUCCUCACUAGAGAUCGCGAAAGGCGGUGUGCCGGGGGCAGCGCGUGAUUUUUUAUUUGAUUUUAAUUAUUUUCUUUCGAUUGAGCUGCUUCACUCCUCCUCCAUUACUGUAAACUAUAAUUAUAUAUUACAUUAUAAAUCGAGCAGAUGAAUUUCAAGAAAUUUGUGAAUUAAUACAAUUAUUCUGAAAUUCUGAUAGGAAAAUGAAAUAAACAAUCCUCGAAA